UGUGUGUGUGUAAAUCUGACGUCACAUUCCACAUCCUGGCCUCUUCCCAGAAGCGGGGAGGAGGUGUUUGGCCGUGACAAGUUGGCACCGUUCACUUUGGGUUUGCGGAGGUUCUUUCCACGCCCCCACCUCCUCGCUCCCCUCCCCCCGGCUUUAUCCCUGUGCUGCGGGGUACCGGGCUGCUCAGAGCGCCCCUCCGGGGGUUACGCCUCUGCGCUCCCUCCCCGCACAGACCUUUUUCGGGCUACGCCACUCGCCCCGAGGCCACGCGAACUCCUGGGCGUCCCUACUUCUAAAGAGAUACGGACGCUCUGGCUUCGUCUCCCGAGCGGUUUCGCACAGGUUGUUUUUACCUGUCUUGAGUCUCAGUUUCCUUCUCUAAAACGACAAAUUCGGCUGUUGGGGGAGAGGCAAAGGGACACCUGCAGCCCCCUUUCCACUUCCCCUCCCCCAUCCUCCGCCGAGCUUUGAGGGGAUGCAGAUGGAAUCUGCGCCUACAUUUCCCAGACGGCACAGGGCCAUGCGGCCUGGAGCUAGCCUCAUUUCCCAGAAUUCUUUUCGAGUCUGACCUGGCAGUCUCCGGUGAGGCUGGAAAGCUGCCGGAAGAAAUCUGGGACUCAUCCUUCACAAACAUCUGCGCAGUCGUUUCUGUCUGGACCCACGGUUUACAUCUCUGCGCUAUCCUGGCCUGAGAACUGUAGCUUCUUGGAACUGGAAGGAACUUCAGAGACGUGUUUCAAGUUAUACCUGAAUAGGAAUCUUUUCCAAAUCAUCUCAGUCGGGCUCUUGAAAUGCAGUUUCUUCUCUAAGCAGGUUGUGCAGAGACUCAGAAGGAAUGGCCACCUUGUCCCUGACAGCCAAGUGCCAGGAAUCAAUAACAUUCAAGGAUGUAGCCGUGAACUUCACCAAGGAGGAGUGGAAGCAAUUGAACCCUGCUCAGAGGAACCUGUACAAGGAUGUGAUGCUGGAGAACUAUAGAAACCUCAUCUCACUGGGAUUUUCCAUUUCUAAACCUGACGUGAUCUUCAAAUUGGAGCAAGGGAGAGACCCAUGGGUAUUUAACCAAAAGAGAUCUGAAGGGGAAGACAUACUAAAAAAUGCUCUUGAUCGGGAGAGUAAGCUUAAAACCAAAGUGUCACCUCCAAAGAAGAAUAUUUCUGAAAAAGAAUCCUUGGGAACAAAGAGGGAAAGACUCAGAGAAGGUCUUCUAAAUCCUGCAGUUGCAAGAGUUUAUAUAUCUGAGGGCCAUUUGGAGAGACAGAAGAAAAUUUUUAUAGAGGAGAGUCGGAAUAAAUUCCUUUUCCACAAGGUCAAUUUCAAACAAUUAUCAGACAGCAUUCCAGAAAAUUCCACUAAGGAGAGAAGUCAUGAAUGUAAAGAAUGUGGGAAAAAAUUCUUUAACUAUCUAUCUCUUAUUCAACAUCAAAGGACUCAUAAUAAAGAGAAGCACCAUAAAUGUAAUGAAUAUGGAAAAGCCUUCUCCAAAUGUUCAUCCCUAAUUGAACAUGAAAAAAUUCAUACUGGAGAGAAGCCCUAUGAAUGUGAUAAAUGUGGGAAGGCCUUUAGACAAAAAGGCACCCUUAUUCUACAUCAGCUAACACAUACGGGAGAGAAGCCUUAUGAAUGUAAAGAAUGUCAGAAAUCUUUUAGUCUUAGAAGUAGCUUUUUGAGACACCAGGUAACUCACACAGGAGAAAGUCCUUAUAAGUGCAUUGAAUGUGGAAACGCCUUCAUUAAUUUCUCAUCUCUUAGUCGCCAUCAGAGAAUUCAUAGUGAGAAGAAUUCUUAUGAGUGUAAUGAAUGUAAGAAAGUCUUCUUUGACCACUCAUCCAUUAUUCAACAUCAGAGAUCUCACAAAGGAGAGAAACAUUAUGAAUGUAAUGAAUGUGGAAAAGUCUUUUCUACACAUUCAUCCCUUACUGAACAUGAGAGAAUUCAUACUGGAGAAAAACCCUAUGAAUGUGAUGAAUGUGGUAAAGCCUUUGUUAAUUGCUCAUCCCUCAGUAGGCAUCAGAGAAUUCAUACCGGGGAAAGUCCCUAUAAAUGUAAUGAAUGUGGGAAAGCUUUCAGACAGAAAGGAACACUUAAUUUGCAUCUUCUAACACAUACUGGAGAGAAGCCCUAUGAAUGUAAUGAAUGUGGGAAAACUUUCAGCCAUCGAAGUAGUUUUUUGAGACAUCAAAUUACUCAUACAGGAGAAAGUUCCUACAAAUGUGGGGAGUGUGGGAAAGCCUUCAUUAACUGCUCAUCUCUUCGUCGACAUCAAAGAAUUCAUACUGGCGAGAGUCCUUAUGAAUGCAAAGAAUGUGGAAAAGCCUUUCGACAGAAAGGUGCAUUUACUUUACAUCAGCUAACGCAUACUAGGAAAAAACCCUAUGAAUGUAAUCAUUGUAGAAAAGCCUUCUUGAAACAUUCAACCCUUAUUCAACAUAAGAAAAUUCAUACUAGAGAGAAUCAUUAUGACUGUAAUGAAUGUAGCAAAACCUUCUUUGACCACUCAGCUCUUAAACAACAUCAGAAGAUACAUCAUGGUGAGAAGUCUUGUGAAUAUGUUGCACGUAGGGAUUUUUCAUCCCUUAUUCAAUAUCAGGAAACUCAUAAGAGCAAGAAUCAUGAAUAUAAUGAAUGUGGAAAAGCUCGCUCUAAGCAUUCAUCCUUUAAUGAACUUGAGAAGAUUCAAAUAGGAAAGAAGCCCUAUGAAUGUGGCAAAUGUGGGAAAGCCUUCAACUCCAAAAGUAGCUUUAUGAUACAUCAAAUGUUACACAGAGGAGAAAGUCCCUAUACAUGUAAUGAAUGUGGGAAAACCUUUUUUUACCGAAAAUCCAUUAAUCGACAUCGGAGAAUUCAUACUAAACUGAGGCCAUAUGAAUGUGAUAAAUGUGGAAAAGCCUUCCUUGAUCGCUCAACUCUUACUCAACAUCAGAGGACUCACACUGGAGAGAAGCCCUAUAAGUGUAAUAAAUGUGGGAAAGCUUUCAGCCAUAGAAGUAGCUUUUGGAGACAUCAGCUAAGUCAUACAGGAGAAAGUCCCCAUGAAUGCAAUGAAUGUGGAAAAACCUUCUUUGACCGCUCUUCUCUUACUCGACAUCAGAGAAUUCAUACUGGAGAGAAGCCCUAUAAAUGUAAUAACUGUGGAAAAGCCUUCCUUAAACAUUCAUCCCUUACUGCACAUGAGAGAAUUCAUACUGGUGAAAAGCCCUACAAAUGUGACAAAUGUGGUAAAGCCUUCUUUAUGGCCUCUUCUCUUACUCGACAUCAAAGAACUCAUACAAAUUAGUCCCUAUGAAUAUAAUGUGGUAAAUCCUCUAACCGUUCUAUGUUUUACAUAAGAUAAUUCACAUUAAUGAGAAGUUGUUAUGAAUAAAUGUUCAGUAGCAUGUCAUCUGUUGGAUAGCAUUAUUGAUAUUAUGCCAGAGAGUAGGUCUAGAGAUAAAAUUAAACAAGAGAAAUUUGAGUCAUACUUUUAAUGUGACUCUUUAAAAUUUCAGAUUGAGAGGUAAGACAAGACAUCCCAAAAUACUUUAAACUGUUUACUUUUUUCUUUUAUUCAGCUUUGGGGUAACUGGUCUUCAGGUACCUCAAAUAUAAAGUAUCUCUUGAAAAUCUAUUUUUCUCAAAGCUGGCCCCAGUCUUUGUUGGGCUUCAGCUCUUGAAGUUCACAAAUACUUGAAAGAAGAACUUUCAGGAAAAUGGGGGGAGAGGUUGUAAAACAAUAUUUUCUCAACCUGUGCCUCAACGACAGCAUCACAGACACCAAAAGAAGAAGCAGGACUGUCAGAAGUACUCCUAAGAUGGAAUAUCUUGCCCAUAAUGAAAUGGGCAACAAAAUUUCCAAUGUAAUAAAUACUAUUUAUUUUUUUGUUGAUUAGUAUUGUUCUAGUCCAAUUUUCCCCUGAUGAUAUAUUUCCUGAAUAAUUUAUUUAUGCCACUUCUCUUGCAUAGAAAUAUAUUGCUGCCCAACUGUUACCAGUGUCUCUCUAAAGAAACUGAGGCCAAAAAAGGUAGGAAAAAAUUAUGGUGCAAAAGCACCCACAGAAGCAAAGCUGAAGUUAUUACAAGACAUCAUGUUAAGCACUAUGAAGACAAUAAAAGAUGUGAUGAAAUGAGCAAAAAUAUUGUGAAGCUAAAGAACAAUGAACCACUAAGGACCUUUAGGAGAAGGGGGUGAUGAAACUCUGGAAAAUUCCAUGGAGAAUGUAUUUAAAACAAUGGAAUCUCUGAAAAAUCUAAUACUUAUGCUGGAGAACAAAAUGAUAGAAUAGAAAAACAAACCCAGAAAAGUACUCAAUUCAGAAAAUGUUCAGAAGCUAUGCAAACAAAUGUUACUGUAUCUGGAAGAUAGAGCACAGAGAGAUAGCUUUGGAGCUAUCUGAAAACUGAAGAAAGAAAGAGUCUGACAAUUUUAUGACAGAAAAUUGUAUAACAAUGUGUCUGAAAUGAUGAAAACAAAGUCAGCCUGAAGAUCAAAAUAAAAAUUAUGCCAGCAGAAUUCUGGAAGAUUUUAUACCAAACUGAUAAACUACUAAUAUGAUUCUGAUGCUAUCAUUGCACAGAACAAUAAAAUGGGUGCUCUGUCAUUCACAGAGUAAUGAACCCCAAACUUCCUAUGAAGACCAUUCACUAGGGUGUAUAAUGCAGUUGCUAUCUACAUUGGUAGAGAGAUUACCCAUACUGACAAAUUUAUAGUAUCUGACAGGGAAUUGGUGUGUGUGUGUAUAAAAUUAUUAUUUUUUUUGCAAAGGCAGUCAGAGUUGUGACUUGCGAGAGAUUACCCAUACUGACAAAUUUAUAGUAUCUGACAGGGAAUUGAUGUGUGUGUGUGUGUGUGUGUGUGUAUAAAAUUAUUAUUUUUUUUGCAAAGGCAGUCGGAGUUGUGACUUGCCCAGGGUCACAUAGCUAGGAAGUGUUAAAUUUUCGAGGCCAGAUUUGAACUCAGGUCCUCCUGACUUUAGGGCUGAUGCACUAUUCACUGCACCAACUAGCUGUCCCAAGUGUGCAUAUAUUUAAUAUAAAUAUAGAUGUACAUACAUAUUGAUAAAAAGCAUAACUUCUUGUCUUGAAUCCAAGUCAUUUUUAAUAUCUAUUUGUCUAGAUAACCCAGAAUGGUAACCAAAGACAAAUAACAGAUUAAUGUCUGAUAAAUGGAGAAGGAAUUAGUCAUUCAAUGAAUAAUGGCAAUUAAGUGGCACAGUGUAUAAAGUACUAGGCCUGAACCAGGAAGAUUGGAGUUUAAAUGUGACCUUAUAUACUUAAUAGCCAUGUAACCCUGGGCAAAUCACAACCUCUGCCUCGGUUUCUUCAGUUGUUAAUGGGUAGCAUAGCACCAAAUUCUCAGGAGUGUCAUGAAGAUCAAAAGUAAUAUUUGUAAAGUGCUUACUUAGCACAAUGCCAGGCACAGGUGUUUAAUAAGUUAAUAAGGGAAAAUGCAAAGCAGUAUGAUUUAAAAAAAAAUUGAAUUCACAUCUUAAAAAUGUUUACUUCAAUGGUUAUACUUCAGUAGAUCUGUAAUCUUAUUGAUGUAUUUAUUCUCUCUAUUAUUGCAGAUCAUAAUUCACCCUUUCUCAUCUUGUGCUAUUAUGAUCCUUUUUUAAUAGCUCUUAUAUAGAGGAUCUAUUCAGUAUGCUAGAAACUUUCCCCUAAGUUUUUUUUUUUUAAACGUUCUAUGACUACCAGUGCAACGCCUGGGCUGUUUUGUUGAUUUAUUACCACCACUCUGGUGCACAUUCUUUUCUGUUUCGGGUAUAGUUCCUAUCUCAGAUAUAUAAUCCUAUAUUACUACUAAUCCACUAGAUUGGCUUUUCAACUGAAUGACAUAACCUGGACAAUCAGCAUUUUUCGUGGAGUUAGUUUUUUCUGAAUGGAUUGUUAUUCCAAUCUUUUAAGUUUAUGGAUCUUUUUGAGGUCUUUCAAUAUUUGGGGCUUGGUAUAUUUCAUGUAUAAGCAUUAGCAUCUUGAGGACUUCACUAUCAACUGGAGGUUGAAUUUUGGGGAAUGAGCUCUGUGAUUUGAGAUUCCUCAACUGCAUAAGAAAGCAGUUGGAUGAGGUGACCUUCAAGGUCUCUUUUCACUAUUAAUUUAUAACCUCAUGGUUAUGCUAUUUUUCCAUUUGGACUCUAUAUAAGACAUCCAUUAUGAUAUUGGAGCCCAUAUAUGUCACUUGUUUAAUUUUUGAACAAUAAUCUGAGGAUCAUUGAAUUAAGUUAUUUACUUUCAUUACCUGUAAUUCUUAUAUGAUUGUAACAUGUAUGAGAUGCCUUAUUUGAGGUAAGACUUUAACGUUGCAUAUUGUUCUAUCAAAUUAUUUGAUUUAUCAUUUUUUUUAAUCAACAAGCAAUAAGUACCAUAAUCUGUUUCACAGUUCAUUCUAACCACUAAGAUGUGGUCAGUUGUAGAAAAUUGUAAAUGCUAGGUUGUUUCUUUUUCAAUUUUAUCAUCAGGUAUACCAUCAAUAUAUGUAUAGAUUAUCUCAUUACAUUUUUAUAGAGAUGAGAUAGGCAUAUAAUUUGGUAGUUACAGCUGUCCUCUUGAUUAUCUUUUUUGGUAAAAAAUUUUUUCAACUCUUUUGCUCCUAUCAAGAAAUUGAUUCCUAGUAAUAGUAAUUGAUAUUUAUAUAGCUCUUUAAGGUCUAAAGAAGCACUUUAUAAACCUAAUUUCAUUUGAGCCUUACUUAACCCUAUGAGAAAAGUAUGACAGAUGAAAAAGGUAUGACAGGUAAUCUCUUUUUAUAAAUAAGUAAAAUGAAUCUCAGGUAGUUAUUUGUCCAUAGUUUCAUAGUAAGUGUAAAAGGUGAUAUUUGAAUCCAGGAUUCUUAACUCUAAAUUUAGCUCUCUACCAUGUCACACUGUUUCUCUUGAGGAUUUCUAAGAUUGUGGGGUCCACAAUUAUGGAGAGGCCUCGGUGGAAUUCCUCUCUGCGCACCUGGUCUGAUCCAGCUGCUCAUCCCAAUUUUGUGGCUUUUAAAAUGGGAUUGAAGUAUUAAAAUUUGAAAUGUGUUUCUUCUUGUCAUAGAUCAUAGAAAGCCUAAGCUGGGAUAACUAAGUGCUAUGUUUUUCUAAAUACAUGUAUAUUUCUAAAUGGUGCCUCUGGUAUUUAAAGUGGUUAUGUCUUCUCUUUAUGGAUUUAUGGUACUAAAUUGUCAUAUGGUACAGGACUGACAUUCUUAUAAACACUUUAGAGAGAAGUAUAUCUUAUAUGGUUAGAAGGACUGAUGAGGUUACUUUUUGAGUAUCUGGCUUAAAAAACUUAUAAAUAUUGUAAUGAAAAAUAGAUUCAAAUAAGAAUUUUAAAAGAAAUUGUAUGUGAAACUAUAUACUUUAUUAUAUUAAGUAUAUUUUAUAUUUUAAAAGUGUAUACCAAUUUUCAGAAGGUGACUAAAAAAAAUUUUCCCCUUCUGAACUUUAUUUCCUCUUUUGUGUACUUUUCUGCAUUUAAUGACAUGUUUACCAAGUACCUGUUAUGUGCAAAGCACUGUGAUUGAUGCUAGGAAUAUACACAAUUGACAUAAUUUCUGGUUAUAAGAAAUAUACAUUCUUUUGCAAUGUGUGUGCGUGUUUAUACAACACCAGAUUCAUGUAGAAAAGAAAAUCAGGACAGAACAUUAACAACUGGGAAGGCAUCCUGUAGGAAAUGGCACUUGAGCUGAGUUUUUAAAGAAGAAUUCUGAAAACUAAACCAAGGAGUACAUUCCAAACAUGAUACUGAAAGGGUAGGUAGAGGCCAUGUUGUGGAGGUCAUUAGUUUAGAAAUAUUUUAUCCUAGAGACAACAGGUUAGCCACUGAAAGUUUUUGAGCCAAGUAGUGACAUGAUUGGACUUAAAAGAUUAUUUUGGCAGCCUACAGAAUUUCUCUUGAAAGAGGAUCUAUUUUGCUUUUUGUUUUGUAUCCCUUGCACUUAGCCCUAUGCCUGAUAGUGCUUAUUAAAGGCUUGCUUGGUUAAAUCUUUUCUUCUGCCUCAGUCUCUAUAUUCAAUCAAUUAACAAGUCUUACCAGUUUAACUUCCAUUACAUUUUGCACAUCAUGUCUUUCCUCUGCAUUCGCACUAUUACCUCAUCUCCUCAUCACUUUUGUCCUGUUCUAAUGGAACAGAAUUUGGGAGAUAAAUGAGGUUAGGUAUUCCGUAUUUCAAUAGAAAUUCUAAUAGGUCAAGUAUGAUUCCAAGGUUAUGAGCAUGGAUUAUUUGGAAGGAAAGUGGUAUCUUCAUGAGAAAAAAUGAAGUUUAGAGGAUUGUUUGGGAAUUGGUAAGGAUGACAGAUGAGAUUGAGAUGCUUGAGUCAUCCAAAAGAAGGUAUCCAGCAAUUAGUUAGUUGCAAUUAGAAAUUAAAGAAAGAUUCAAAUAUCUGAGAUUCCUGUAUAAGGAUGUGAGUUGAACUCAUAGGAGUUGUUUUGCUCUCCGAGAGACUAGGGAGAACAAGAGCAGAGUUCCAUCAAGAAUCAGGAAAUGGAUGAUCUAGUAAAAGAAAUUGAGGUAAGAGAACUGUGUCUAAAAAAGGGGGCAGUCAACGGUAUUAAUGCUGCCAAAAACUCAAAAAUGACAAAGACUUAUUAUUUAAUAGAUGGCAUAACCUAGAAGAUGGCAGUUGAAAUCAAAUAAUGAGACCUAAACCAAACUGCACUCUUCUGGACUACAUCAUGUUUCUCAAGACCUUGUUAUUUUGCUUGAUUACAUAAACCUUCAAACCUGUUUGGUAACUCUUGCCCCUGGGAUUCUACCCUUCCUCUGAUUGGAGGUGAAGGGCAGGUAGUGGAGAACUCCUUUCAGAACCUCCAAGGAGGAUGUUCCAAGACAGCCCUCCUUUUGUUUUCCAUACUGCUGCACUCCUCUUCCCUUAUCCCUCCCAGCUUCCUUUUAUGUGUUUUCUUCUACCAUUAUAUUGUAAACUCUUAGAGGGUAGAUAGGUUUUUUUGCCUGCCUUUGUAAUUCCCCAAUCACAGUGCCUGUCAUUUCAUAGGCCCUUAAUGUCUAUAUUUCAUUACAGUCUACAUUAUAGUCUUAACUGUAAGAAGUGGGUGGUGAGGGAUGGAGAAAGUGAAAAAUAGAUAAACUUUCUAGUUUUGAAGUUGGUAAAAGAGAACGAUAAAGGAUAUUAACUUAAGGGCAUGAUUCUGAAUAAGAGAAAGGACAAUGGGUACAGAGAGACUGGACUUUGCAAUGGGUCUCUUCCCUGCGAGGAGGAUGUAUGAAAAAUCUUUGAGGUACAGAGUUGGGGGAAAGUAGGAGCUUAGGAUAGAUAGCUUCUAUUUCCUUUCUAAAAUAGAAGGGGAUGAAGUUUGCUCAGAGAGCAAUUAAAGAGUUGUUGGGGUCCUUAGAAAAGAUUUAGAACAGCCAUUAAGGAAGGAGAGGCAAGGAAAGUUUUGCUCUGCAGCAAUGAGGACCCAAGGAACAGCUUGGUGGAUAGAGUGCUGGACUUGGAGUAAGACCUGAGUUUAAAUUUGGCUUGAGAUAUUUACUAUUUGGGUGACCCUUUUUGCCUUAGUUUCCUCAUUUACAAAUUGCUGGGGAAAGAAAGGCAAACAACUCUAGUAUCUUUGAUAAGAAAACCCCAAAUGGGGUCAUGGAGUUGGAUAUGAUUGAAACUGAACAAGAGCCUAAUAAAAAUAAGGUAACACAAAUUUCCAUAGGAUUUGUCAUUUCCUCCAGCAGUAUUCCACUGCUUGGAAAUAUUAGUAGAAUAGAUGGUAGGGAUGACUAAGAGCUAAGAACCAGCAGAGCAUCAACUCGGGUUAUAACAAUUGUUACCAGUAUCAUUAUUUACAUAGCUAUAGUCAGCCUAUUGUUUUUUUUUUUUUUUCUUUGCAUCACUUCACAUUUUCUCCUAUUUAUCUUUUCCAGAUAUUUUGGACUUAUAGGCACAAUAAUAUUCAAUUACAAUUAUAUACCAUAAUUUGUUAAAAUAAUUUCCAAGUUGUUGGCCAUAAUCUAAUUUUUUUCCCUCCACAGAACCUGAGAUUUGGAAUGAAUCUCAUAAAUCGAGACCAUAUCUCCUACCUGACAAAAAAAAUCUCUUCAAUAUCUCUGGCAAGUGGGCAUCCAGCCUUUGCUUAAAAACCUAAAAGAAUUUUCCAAUUCUUAAGUUCUGAGGGAAUUUUUCAAUUUUGGGUAGCUCUAAUCUUUAAAAAACUUCUAUCAAGUCUAAAUCUGUCUAAGAUCUACUCCUUUACUACUAAUGCUAUUACUACUAAUGUAGAGCUCAGUCUCCUGUGUCAAUAUCCUUAUAAUCUUUGUAAUGAUAUUCCUAGAUCAAAGGAUAUAUAUAUAUUUUACUGUAUGUCAGAGAAUCAUGGAAUUUCAGAUUUGGGAGGCACUUCAUUGGUAAUCUAUUUGAAUCCAUAAGUACUUUUUUUUUUUUUAAACAUAAUAUGUUUUAGUGUUUUCAGAGUUUCUGCUUGAAAAUAUCCAAGGAGAAUAAUUCUUGAGGUAGUCUAUUCCACUCUGAAUAACUUUUGUCAUUAGUAAGUUUCAUUUUUGUACUGUGGAAACUUAUCUUUUUGAAGCUUCUCCUUACUGCUUCUGGUUCUGUCUUUUGGAGUAAUGGAACAAUUCUAUUCCCUUUUCUAGAUAAUAGCCCUUCAUAUAUUUGAAGCUAACUAAUAUAUUGCUCUCUUUUCUUCUCCAUGCUAUACAUUCCCAGCUUUUGCAACAACUCAUGCAGCAUGAUCUUGAAGCUCUUCAGCAUUUAUAACACUUUCCAAAAAUGGUUACACCAUUUUCCAGCUCCAGCAGCAGUGUAAUGGUCCGCCUGUUUCUUCCAAGUCCCUGAAGCAUUGGAUUUUACUGUUUUAAAUUAUUAUUGACAAUGUAAUGGUUUUAAGGUUAUAUUUCAAAGUAAUUUUAAUUUUUAUUUACCUGGUUGAGUUUGUGAUGAAUGUUUCAGGUGGCUGAUUAUGUUGCUUUCCCUUUCUCUCAAAUUGACCAUUUAUAUUUUCUAAUUGAAUAAAUUUUACCCACAUAAA